AUGACUACUGAAGAGUUCUACGCUAACUUGUUUACUUCUGUGUUUUUGGUUUUGGCCGGUGGUGUUUUUGCCGGCUUGACUUUGGGGCUUAUGGGCCAGGACGAGGUUUACCUUAAGGUGAUCGCUACUUCUGGUGAUCCACUGGAAAGAAAGCACGCCAGGAAGGUGUUGCGUUUGAUUGGCAGGGGCAAGCACUGGGUGCUUGUCACGUUGUUGCUUCUGAACGUUAUCACCAACGAAACGUUGCCAAUUGUGUUGGAUAGGUGCUUGGGCGGUGGCUGGCCAGCCGUGGUCACGUCCACUGCCUCCAUUGUGAUUUUCGGUGAAAUCAUUCCUCAAUCCAUCUGUGUCAGGUACGGUCUUCAAGUUGGUGCUGUUUUUGCUCCAUUUGUGCUUGUUUUGAUGUAUGUCAUGUACCCUGUUGCAUACCCAUGUUCGUUGCUCUUGGACCAUAUUCUCGGUGAGGACCACGGCACCGUAUAUAAAAAGUCGGGCCUCAAGACUUUGGUCACUCUUCAUAAGACCAUGGGCGUGGAGCGUUUGAACCAGGACGAAGUCACCAUUAUUAGUGCUGUCUUGGACUUGAAGGAAAAGACUGUGGCUGACAUUAUGACGCCGAUGGAUUGCGUUUAUACCAUGUCUUCGGAUUCGAUUUUGGACGAGGCGACUGUGGAGGAGAUCUUCAACGCUGGUUUCUCUCGUAUUCCCAUCCAUCUCCCGAAUGAACCUUCUAAUUUCAUUGGUAUGCUUCUUGUUCGUGUGUUGAUCAGCUAUGACCCUGAAGAUGCCUUGCCUGUGGCGCUGUUCCCGCUAGCUACUUUACCGGAAACCGCCUCCGACACCUCUUGUUUGAACAUUUUGAACUAUUUCCAAGAAGGUAAAUCGCAUAUGAUUGUUGUAAGUGAAACUCCCGGCGAACCAACCGGUGCCUUGGGUGUGCUCACUUUGGAAGAUGUUAUUGAAGAAUUGAUCGGUGAAGAAAUCGUCGACGAAUCCGAUGUGUACAUUGACAUCAACAAGAACAUCAAAAGAACCAACCCCGGUCCUUUGUCGCGUCGCCAUUUGACGUCUUACUUGCACAACUUGUAUCAGACUAACGACAGUAAUAAGCGUAACUCUGUCGGCUCUGGUCCUGGUCAAAAUACCAUCAUCAAGGCCAACCCUAUCACCACAUCUCCUAAUGUGAUUCGUGCUAGCGCUGAGGGCCGUGCUUUGCAAUCGCCCAUGCUUGCACCUAUGAACCGUGCUCUGAACCCAUUGGAAACUUCGAAAUCGUAUGUUACUAUUAAGAGACCUCUUCAGCAAAGUGAGGUGCCUGGAUCCCAGCCAACUUCUGUUGGAAAGGGUUCUGUUCCUGGCCCUAACCGGUCUCAUCCUGGAGCUAAGGGUGGCUAUGAACCAAUCUUUACCAGUGAAGAAGCCGCUUUGCAGGAAGCACGCCAAAGAUUAAGCAACGACAACGCAGCCUUUAAGGACGAUAAAAAGGACGAUAAGACUGACGACCACGACGACGACCGCGGAAGCCACGGUGAAAACCACUACCACAACAGCAACGGACACACUACUGCCAAUAGCACUUCCAACACCAGCCUACCGAACCACGAAGGAAAAUCGAGUAGAGGAAACGAGGUUGAAACGGAUAUUUCUGACAUUGCGGGUGAAAGAGACAGAGCCAAGGAUGCCAAGAACGACAAGAAGACUGAAGGUGUUUCCAAGAAGUCGUCUCGCUCAUUCUCCAGAAAGACAUCUAGAACCGGCUCCUUCUCUGGAUCUGUCUCGAGAAGCAGCUCGCGUAGAGGCUCCAACUCCAAUUCUGGCGGCAAUUCUGACGAAGACGGCGUGGGUCACUCAGACCCGAUCCUGAUGGAGUUCCUGGAAUCAAGAUCGUACCGAACCGGCGGCAUUGUCGAAUCUGUGGUGAACGUGCAAGGAGUCCACAAGACCAUUAUAGAAGACAUCAGCGACAGCGAGGAGGAGUCGAGCCCGGACCAUGGCAGCAUGAGCAGUCAGCGCAAGAAGAGAUACAGCAGCAGCGACGAGGAGAGCCAGAGAUUGAUUAAUUUCUAG